AUGCAGGCGGCACCGCUGCAGUACGACUUCUACUGCGACGAGAACGCGCAUAAGUGGAAAGGCCUGCUCGUGCCCGCGCUGGAAAAGGUAUAGUACACGCACGUACACAAACCUACACUGAGACACAGACACACACACAACGAGGACGCAAACACGCUCAGACACAAACAUGCUCAGACAGGCAGCAGGGAGGAUGAGGAGGACGACUGAGCUGACGAUGAUGAUGAUAAAGAUCAAGUGGUUCUGGUUACUGCAGGUCUUACACCUGAAGUGUGUGUGUGUGAGAGAGACAGGCGGUCUGACCUGUGUGUAUUUAUCAGUGUGAUGUCACAGAUCUGUGUUAUCAUCACCUGUCUGAUCCAGAGGUGCAUUUUCUUCAAUAACAAACUUCAACUUUGAGAGGGGCGUAGCCAUGGGGUAGAGAGAAGAGAGAGAGAGAGGGGCCCAAUCCCAAACAGCCCCCCUACACACUCACCCUACACACUCCCACUCCAUUCUCGCAUCCCCGUAGAGGUUCUGCCAUAUUGAAGCCGUCCCAAACCACAGAGUGGGUUAGGGCGAGUGGACCGUUCAGCCCUCAAACUACCAGUCUGCACCACUGCACACUUACGGCGGGAUUUGCAGGUAGUGUGCCGACAAAAAUGGAGUAGGAGGAAACAACGUACAAAUACAAGUACAGCAUGUGUCCACCUUUGUCUCACUGACCAAAAAAAAAAAAAUCACAAAAGACGUGGUUUGGAAAGAUCAAAUGAAACUCUGAAAUCUUACUCUGUGCUGACAUCUGGUUUGAUCUGCACUUACAAUCAGAAGUUUAAUUUAGCCACUGUCACUAUGAUAGUUGCUGGAUUUAUGAUUUUACUUAGAAAAGAAACACUGCCAUGCACAAGAGGCAUCUUUAUGUUGCUAUGGCGAUUAAUAUGUCCAUUUACAGGUGGAGUGAGGAGGGCGUCCCAUACCCACCCGUCUUGUUUAUACCCUCCCAUCUCAAUUGAGGCGCACUCCACAGCUGCGAGUGUAACUUCAUUAUGAGUGACGCUUGGUAGUGAAGGGUGAGUGGUAGGGAGUGGAUUAGGCCAGAGAGUGUGUGUAUGUGUUGGAGGGGGUCACCUAGAUGGCUACAAUGGCUCUGAGCCACCUGAGGUCAUGUGACUACACCUGAUAGAGACCACACCUGAUUGAGGCUACAGUGAUCAGCUGUGCACUUUGUAGGCUCAGAGUAUGAAUGACAUGUUUGGUGUAAUAACAGUCUGAUUGUUUUGAAAUAAUAGCUACAGGUGUAUAUCAUCAUCAUCUGCUUAGAGUGUGGAGGCUCCAACUACACCCAGACAGAAUGACUUUGUGGUAACCUGGUCUUCUUCAGCUGGUUAGUUUGACAACUGAUAACCUAGCUACUCUACUGCAUGUCUGUAAUCAGGACAAAAAGCUGUGACUGUGUGUGUGUUGAUAUCUAUCCCCUCACAGCGAUGCAUGCUGGUGUUUGCAACAUAAAUCGACAGUGCUGCUGGGAAAAGUGGGUCCUGUUGAUUGUCAUUACUAUGGAAGAAAUCAUAAACUAAAGCUGGGCGAUUAACCAGAUUUUAAUUAUGAUUAUAGUUCCUCAUGAUCAUAAAAAUAUGAAAUCAGGCAGCCACAGGUCAGGUGGAGAGAGGAGAGCAAGGAGAGGAGCAGGAGGAGGCAAGUGUGUAUUACUGUGUGUGUUCGAUAAGCCAAAGGACAGAAUGAGCAUGACAGAAGCUGUAGCAAUCAUCAGUGUGCACAAGUGCUAACAAGCUAAUAAUGGCCGGGCUAAAAAGUGAGUCAUCGUUCUGAAUCAUAAUAAAAUUCAAAUCCAUGUCUUGAUGUUGUAACGGGCGUUUUAUAAAAGCUCUUGAGGACCGAAUGAUUUGUUAGGUCUGCAGCCGGUGAGAAAUCUGAGCAGUAAAAGAGCUCUAAUCCUUCACUGUAGUUAUUGAUACGCUCUGAUUGUAAAUAGUUACUGUACUGUGAUCAGAUGUCGAGACACUCCAGGAGGAUGACGGAAUGAGAUACAAGGUGUUUCAGAUGUGGGAGAAGUUAACCAACAACUGAGGUGGAUUUCCAUGAAAUGCAUAAAAACAGCUGAGCAGAGACAUUGAAUACAACAGACAUUGAAGUCACUGAAGGCUGUUAUUGAAUAACAAAUGCUCAUAAACAGAGCCGUUGUUCACCCAACAGACUGCAGGAUAUUUCAUUGUUCAGGUGUUGAAACUAGGAAUAGACUGAUUAACCGGUUGGCUGGUGAAUCGAGCUGGUUAAUGGCGUUUUAACAUAAUUGGUAUCAUAUCACUAGCUGCCCUCACAAGGCUGAGAUCAUCUUAUCAAAAAAACAUCUUUCCCCUUUUAACAGCACAUUUAAUCAAAACAGCCACUGACUAUCGAUUUAAUAUUGUAUUUUGAUUAAAUGUUGUUGACAGUAGUAUCAGUCAUGUUCAACAAUCUGUACCGGCUAUUGGCUAACCUGCUCCCUCAUAAUUGGUAUCAGCGUUCAGACACACUUGUCCAUUCCCUGGCUCAAAUGUUUUGUUUGCCAAUGAAGUCGUAUUUGUCUGUCCUAGCUGUUGUGUGUGUCUCUGCUCUGCCCCUACACACAUCUCUGCCUCCAUGUUCAUGAUCAACACGCUGACUAACCACACUACACUUUGAUAUGAUGCCUGACAGCUGUGAUCGUUUACCUCCAGGUAGUAGAGCAUCAUAGAAGGAGACAUUAACUAGGGGAGGGAGGUUUGACUCAGGGUGAGAACAGAAUAACAAUAGAAUAUGAAUAUUUCAUUUGGCAAACAGCUGAUUCAGGUGCUCCAGUUAAUUCAGGUGAUCCAUGUGCCCCAGGUGAUUCAUGUGAUAAGUAUAGAGAAACAUGACAUUUAAUCACCGACUCGACUGAACGCUAACAUCCCUGAUUCAGACAGAAACCUGAGUCUGUGUCUGCUUUUUAACUGUACACACUGCUCUGUUAUCUGUGUAAACCCUGUGUGUGUGUGUGUGUGUGUGUGUGUGUGUGUGUGUGUGUGUGUGUGUGUGUGUGUGUGUGUGUGUGUGUGUGUGUGUGUGUGUGUGUGAGAGAGAGAGAAUGAGAGAAAGAGAGAGAGUUGGUGUGUUGUUGGUCAAACAGAGACCUGCAGGUCAGUGUGUUCAAACACAACUCAGCUGCAGACAGGACACACACACAAACAAACACACACACACACACACACACACACACACACACAUAUAUCUAUAUAUACACAUACACACUAUCCUCAGGGUUACAUGCAGUGUAGUUAGUGGAAAAAGUAGCCCUGACCCUGAGAGGAAUUUGAGCUGUAAAGCUUAUAAAAUGUUGUGUUCUUUCUCAUAUUUAAGGACACUUUAUAAUCAUAUCUAUUUAAGAGUUGUAGUAGUAAUAGUAGUGGUAGUACUAGUAGUAGUGGGUGAAAAUGAAUUUGGUCCACCAUGGCUGCAAGUCAGAGGCCGGUGGGUCACAGUUCAGGGUUAAUUCAGACACAGUUGUGUUGUGUCUUGCUUGUAACUUCACUCAGUCAAGUGAAUAUUAUUUAUGCGGCAGCUUUAUGUGGUGGAGAUUUGAUCUUUUUUAAAAUGAGACAGAGAACUGUUUACUGAUGAAAAACUGAUGAAUACUUCAAAUUAUUUCUGGUGUUUCAGUUUUAACAUCAACAAAGGGGCAGCUGUCUAAUAAGAUGGGUGGUCUUCAUGUUGAAAGGAUUCCCCCACAUACAUUCUCUGCAGCGUCUAAAUCGGCGUCUAAAUCAGUAAAUAUCACAGCUGUUUUUUAUUUAUUUGUUCUGCUGUGAACAUUUUCACAUUUCAUCUGAAAAACACAGAAGGAGGAGUAAAUAGUCCUCUGAUUAUAACCACCCAUCUUCAUUUGGACCUAGGUCGGUGAUUUCUGAUACAUAAAUGUGCGGUCAUGGAUUGAUUGGUUAAUGAAGCUCAUCAAUGCCUGUGUGCUGUGAUGGGAGAGGUUUUGAUGCUGACUGUGCAGGUGCCACGUUGCUGUCUGUGGUGCCUGAGGUAGCCUGUGAGAAGUCAUCUCUGUAUGAGCUGUAAAAUACAGAUUAACAGACAGACAAACAGACAGGUGGGCAUAGGCAAAUAGACACAUACAUGUAUGUAUGUGUGGUGUGUAACCACUGCUGUUCUCCACUAGGUGACUGCAAAGGAUGACAUUAACAGCAGCCUGCAGAGAGCAGUACAUGCUAGGAAUUACACAGGUUGCAUUGAAAUCCUCUUGGUAUUUGGAAUUCAUAUCAGACUGGUCAUGUAUGUGGAAGCAGGAAACACCUGAAUACACAGGUAAACACCAGAAAGCACAUGUAUCCUUCUGAAUACACAGGUACUCAUAUAAAUUGAGGUAAAAACCUGAGCACUGCAUAAAAACCUAAAUACACACAUCAGAAUGUACAGGUAAACACAUGAAUACAGUCAUUAUCAGCAGGAUACAUGGGCAAAUAUGUGAGCGCAGGUAGAUACCUGGAUACACAGAUGUGCCUCUCAGACCCUUUGCACAGAUGUUGCAGCAGGAGAAUAGCAAACAUCAGCUUAGUAUGAAGCUUUGUAUUCCCUUAGUGUUUUUGCUCACAUUCAACAGCGUGUGUGUUUGUGUGUUUGUGUGUAUUGCAGGUACUGAACCAGGUGCAUCCUAACCUGGUGUCCCAGCAGGAGGCGCUGCAGUACAUUGAGGAGCUGAUCCUGCUGUUGCUGAGCAUGCUGUGCCAGGCUCAGCCCCGCAGUGUGCAGGACGUAGAGGUAACACACACUCACACACACACACUUAACACUGAUUUAGAUGAUUCAACUCUUUAUGAGUUGAAUCAUCUCAUCACAGCCUCCAACUUUAAAAUAAACCUCUGUACAAUAUGGAGCAGAUAACAGGGGAAAGUUCAGAGGCUGAAAAAGCAAGAAGCAGUUUUGAUAAUAAAAACACACUGAGCUCACCUGGACAGGUGUGAUGACAUCAUUGUGAAUCUGAAAUGUGAUUGGUCUGGUUGUGUUCUUGUUUCAGCUGGUGGAGACUGCAGUGAGGUAACUAGGUGCAGCUAAAACACCUCACUGCAGGUGUUUUACACAAUGACCCCUGACCUCUGACCCUACCUGACCUUGACUUCUGACCCCUGACCUCACCUGACCUCUGACCCUUUGUGCUCCUUAGGUGGUGUGUGUGUGUUUUGUGUUCUGUUUGGUGCUGUGUGAAGUCAGUUGAUCACACCGAGGCAAAAAAGGAAGAUGGGAUUAGACUGAGUCCCAUCUUGUGAGAUCAGACCUACUCUGAUCCACCAUGAUCGCACAUUUACAGUGGAAAGGAAAAACUUUUUUUAUUGAGAGGAAGAAACCGCAAGCAGAACCAGACACACGUUAGAUAAGCAACUGCUGAGACUGCUGCGAUUAGAGAGGGGACACCUCACAGAAAUCCAUCCAAUCAGAGCAGUGCACAAGUGAGACCUGCUGUGUGAUCAACCAGACUCCUGUGAACCAGCUUUAGGUUAAGCCUGAACCAAAGACCAGAAUAUAGACCAGGUCCACAGACCAGAUCAGCCCAGGCAAUGAGGAGCCACAUUGUAGGUCAGAUCUGUAGGAUAAACCCUGUGACCAGGUUUGAUUUGUAGACCUAAUGAGGCUAGGAUAGACAAGAUUAAUAGACUAAGUUAAAACUGAGCUAAAGACCCGAUUAGACCUUUAGACCAGGUCAUAUUGGACCUAUGGACCUGACCAGAUCAUCAUACCUAAUAGGACCCCCUUAAAAAAAUGUGUCCAAAUCAGGUCUUUUCACUUGACUGACCUGAGUCUUAAAGCCCACAGUGGUCCAGGGUUUUGGACCAACUUUGUUCAGGGUUUUGUGCCACGUAGCCCAGGUGAAUCUGAAGUACUUGGUCUUCGUCUGUCCCCCUUCCUAUGGUACAGGAGCGGGUCCAGAAGAGUUUUCCUCACCCGAUCGAUAAGUGGGCUAUUGCUGAUGCUCAGGCCGCCAUCGAGAAGAGGAAGAGGAGGAACCCACUGGCUCUGCCUGUGGACAAGAUCCACCCACUGCUCAAGGUACACCUGUCUUCAUCAUCAUUGUCUUUAUCAUUAGGAACAUCAAACACACACUCUGACUGCAUUUCCCAUGAUGCCUUGUUGUCAGGAGGUGCUAGGUUACAAGAUCGACCACCAGGUGUCAGUGUACAUGGUUGCUGUGCUAGAGUAUAUCUCUGCCGACAUCCUGAAGCUCGCUGGGAACUAUGUCAGAAACAUCCGGCACUAUGAGAUCUCCCAGCAGGACAUCACCGUGGCCAUGUGUGCUGACAAGGUACACAACAAAAACUACACAACCCCCUACCAACCAUAACUACUACCCUACAACUUCACAUCAACAACACAAUUACUAUUUUUUCAUUCUCAUCUGUUUAGCCUGUCUACAUCACCUUUCUUACCUGUGUGGCUCUCACCUGUGCCUUAGGUGCUGAUGGACAUGUUCCACCAGGAUGAGGAGGACAUCAGUGGGUUUCCCCUGAUGGAUGAAGAGCCGUCAACCAAUGAGGAGCAGAGUUACUAUGAGCUGGUUAGGAGCUUCAUGUCAGACGGACGAACAUACCUGAGACAGCUCAAUCUGCUUAUCAAGGUGUUCAGAGAGCCCUUCAUCUCCAGCCCCAUGCUCUACUCCCAGCACGUAGGUACCACUCUAACCUGUCUGCGGUCACAUGGCCAGCUGAUCUCUGGCCUAUCUUGGAUUUAUGACUGGUGAUGUGAGAUCAGUAAAUAAAUUAAAACUGUCUUCUUAGUUUUAAUUGGUCUGCUCUGUUUUGAUUGGUGUUGUCUGGUCAGGACGUGGACAGUGUCUUCAGUCGUAUCGUGGACAUCCAUGAGGUGACAGUGAAGUUGUUGGGGUUGAUCGAGGACACAGUGGAGAUGACAGAUGAGGGGAGUCCUCACCCACUGGUGGGGAGCUGCUUUGAGGACCUGGCUGAGGUCUGAACCUGUCUCUGUGUUUACCUUUCUGUGUAAACCUUUCAUUGGGACAAUUGGUUUAUGAGUUGAUUGACUGAUUGAUUGAUUUGUUGAUUUAUAGGAGUUGGCUUUUGACCCCUAUGAGACAUACACUCAGGACAUCCUGCGCUCUGGUUUCCAUGAACACUUCCUGAGUCAGGUGUCCAAACCAGGUGCUGCUUUUCAUCUACAGGUGAGACGUUGUUCCUUCUUCCUGUUUCGUUACCUGGUAUUAACUCUGUGUUGACCUGUGACCUCACUCUGAGAGAUCAGUGUUUUUCAUUUUACCUGACACACCUGAGUAAGUUACCUCUGACUGCAUUAGUAAGCAAGCUAGGUUUAGGCAACCACCUGCCUUACCUGACAUACCUGAGAUAAAGUUUGUGCCUUCAGUCCAUCUGUGAAGGUUUCAAAGAGGCUGUCCAAUACGUCCUGCCAAGACUGCUGCUCACACCUGUGUACCACUGCCUGCAUCUGUUUGAGAUCCUCAAGGUGAGACCAAAACACCUGUGCUACACCUGUAUUAUACCUCUAUCACACCUGUACUAUACAUAUUAAACCAUCAGUCCCACUUCGUCUGGAUGGAUGUGUCGAGUGAUGGUGGGAAAAAAGAACCGAUGGGCUACAAAGACCCAAAUUGUAACUAGUACCAGUUGUUAACAUGUUAACUCUUGCAGUAAACAUGUUAAUUGAUGUUGUAAACAUAUUUUUGUUGCUGUAAACAUGUUCCCAGCAUAAAUAAAGAUGUUUACAGCAACUAAAAAAGUGUUUACAGCAUCAAUUAACUAAUGUAUAGCAACAAUGUACAUGUUAAUUUCUGCUAUAAACAUGUUUAUUGCUGUUAAAAACAUGUUUUUGUUGCUGUCAGCAUGUUUGUUAAAAUGUCCAACCUAAAAGCUACAACAUAGGGCUCUAUACAGAAUGACUUACUGCAGGACACUGCCUCAAGCGGACACUUGGGGAACUGCAGUUUUUUUUUUUAUCACUCUCUUGGCUUUGAUUUAUUUUCUAAUGCCAGAAAUUUCUGCUAAAUACUCCUCUCACUUUCCCUUUUUUCCUCCAUAGCAACUGGAGGAGAAGAGUGAAGAAGAGGAGGAUAAGGAAUGUCUGAAACAGGCCAUCACCGCCCUGCUCAACCUGCAGAGCAGCAUGGAGAGGAUCUGCUCCAGGAGUCUAGCCAAGAGGAGACUCAGGUACCUCACCAUUCCACACACCUUCAUAUACAUCGAUAUGAACACCUGUAUAUAUAUCUGUGCGGACACUCCUGUAUGCACAGUCUGAAAUGAACACACCCUGUUAAAAGGACAGUCUGAGCCUCACAAAUCUAUAAGUAUCACGAGGGGAGCCAGUGCUGAACCCACCUGGAAAACUAAUCAGAUCUCUGACUACACCUCUACCUGUCUGAGCCUGGGAACGCAGGAACACACAGAAACACCUGCAGCCAGCGUCCACCACAAACCAGACUAACAGGCCUCAUCUGUCUACACUGAUAACACUAAGCUAGGCUAACAGUAUCCUAAAGCCAUAUGAGUUGCUGAUGUUGGUCAGGUGAUCAGAAAAGAAAACAGUCAGAGUCGAGUUCCCUCCACCUUCAAUGUACACUACUGGUCAAAAGUUUUGGAAUACCCCAACUUUUCCAGAAUAUUAUUAAAAAAUGAUGCAGUUUAAUGCCUCAGUGUACUCUGAAAUUAAUGCAUAGAACAAAUAAACAAUUGAAGUAAAAAAAAUCAUAGAAUCAAUUUAGAAACGAAAAUGUAUUCUAAACGUUUGACUCAUCAAAGUAGCCACCUUUGGUGGAUAUAGCAGAUGAACACACUUGUGGCAUUCUUUCGAAAAUGGAAAUCAAAUAUUCUUCAGAAAGUUCUUCCCAACUCUGCUGCAGUAAUUUCCAUAAAUAUGUAGCACUUGUAGGUUGCUUUGCCUUCACUCUUCUGUCCAGUUCAUCCCAAACCAGCUCAAUGGGGUUUAAGUCUGGUGACUGUGCUGACCACUCCAUGUUUUCAAGCUUACUAUCUUGUUCUUUUUUCUCAAGGUAGUUCUGGCAUAGCUUGGCAUAGCUAUGUUUUGGGUCAUUAUCUUGCUGUAGGAUGAACCCCUGACCAACUAGGUGCAUCUUAGAGGGUACUGCAUGGUGCUGCAGAAUGCUGUGGUAGCCGUUUUGGUUCAGGGGUCCUUUUACUCUGUACAAGUCACUGACCCUGGAUCCAGCAAAACAGCCCCAGACCAUCACACUUCUUCCUCCAUGUUUGACAGUCCAUAACACCUUCUUCCAGUCUUCAGUGGUCUAUUAGUGGUGUUUCAUGGCCCAGGCAAGCCAUUAUUUUCUUAUUCUGAAGUCUCAGCAAUGGCUUUCUUGCUGCAAGUCGACCCAUCAAACCUGAAACUCAAAGUCUUCUCCUCACAGUUGAAACUGAGACUUGCUUACUGCGACCACUAUUAACCUGUGCUUGAAGCUGUUGUCCUAUGAGCCGCCUAUCACACAAGCUGUUGACUCUCAGAAACUUGUCUUCUGAUGCUGUUGUGGCUUUGGGUCUGCCAGACCUCUGCCUGUCAGCAUUUCCCCCAGUUUCUGAGUGCCUUUGAUGGUAAAGGAAACUGAACUCACUGACACCUUGAUUUUCUUGGCAAUAUCUCUGUAGGAAAGACCUACAUUUGCAUCAGUGUUAUGAUGGUCUGUCUCUCUAUAAUUGCCUUUUCCUCACCAUUUGAAACCAUGCUAACAAUGGUAUGGUACCACAGUGUGUUCCAACACUACUUUGAUGCAGACAGGUGGGGUUUUAAAUGAUCAAGAAAAGUUGGGACAACUGUAGGAAUUGGUAGCACUAACUUCCAAGGCUUGUUCAACCUCCAUUGCUGCAGAAUGGCUUUAGGCCUUUUCUGUGUAAUUCUGAAAUGUACAUUAUUUUUCAGUUUUGGUUAACCUUACCGCUUUUUAUUUACCUCUGGCAGUUCACCACUUACCUUUGUUCCCUUUCAAGCUGUUCAUUGGACUUGAACUGCUUGAAUUUCAAUCAAAGAAAUUGGAAAAAUUGGGGUGUUCUAAAACUUUUGACCGGUAGUGUAGCUGUGAGUAUUUGUGUGUGUUUCAGUGUGUGUGUUUCAGUGUGCGUUGGUCAGUCUGGACUCCUCCCUGUUUCCCUGUUUCCCUCUGGACAUAAAUAGAAGGGGGUGGGGGGUGGGGGGAUUGGUCACAGGUUGGAGGUAGGAGUGUUGGGGUGGUUAGAACUGUGUUGUUGGAGGGAAGUGAUGUCAUGAUAUGGGCGGCGCGUCUGUGCAGCUUAUUGUUCUCUGAGAGAAAGAAAAGAGCUUGCAGAGGAAAAGCUCUGCAGCGACUUAAAAUAAAGUUAAAACUUUUGAACGCUGCGAGCACCGAAGACCAAAAAGAAGAAGAAGAGGAAGAGGAGACAGGCGGGCAGACAGCUGGAUGAUUGGCAGGUGGAUAUGAGGACCUAGGUGUAUGUGUGAGUGUGUGUGUGGUCGGGUGGAGGGGCUGAUGGAGCUGAUGGAGGCUAGCUGUGUGUGUGUGUGUGUGUGUGUGUGUGUGUGUGUGUGUGUGUGUGUGUGUGUGUGUGUGUGUGUGUGUGUGUGUGUGUGUGUGUUGUUGUGAAACCUGGAGUGUGUUCACAUACUUCAGGGGUUUAGGUUUAAACUGAUUAGCAGCUUUCAGCUGCCUCUUAAAGGAACAGUACACUCUUUUUCUGGCUCUGAACGUCAAAGGUCAAUUUAUUAAGCGUUCAGGGGCAAUCUGACAUCUGAGCAUCAGCUUGAUUGAGGUCCUGUUAAUGGGAGAGGUAAAAAUUUGGCUCAGAUUUGUCUGAGUGAAUUUUAUUGGGUUACAAUCUGUCAUUGUUCUUGAAUCAUGAGACUGUUGUUACACAGUCUGUUAAUAAUGUAAUAUACAGUAUUAUCACAUAUCAAUCUUGUAUUACUUUGUUGUUACAGUCAGUUCAUAGAGUUAAAAACUGUGAUUUAGAAUCAUCAAUGUGAUAUAGCACUGAUAUUACAGACUAUUUAUAAUGUUAUAACUAUGUCCUUAAGAUAACCGUUCUUCUUUUACACUGUUUUCAAAGUCUGUUUAGACAUGUAUGAUCUUAUAUGAUUAUACAUCACAAAUUUAGUAUAGCUGUUGAUACAGUCUGUUUAUUAUGCUAUACACACUGUGAUUACGCGUUCAAGAUCAGAUGCAACACUCUUAUCACAGUCUGUUGACAAUAUUUUACUCAGUUUUAUUGUACAUUUCCAAUCUGACAUUACACUGUGAUUACACAGUCUUUUUGAAAUGUAUUAUAGAAUCUAAUUUUAUUAAGUCUUAUGUCCUACUAUCUCCUAACCAGGAUAUCCAAAGGGUGAGGGAAUCUCACAGUGAUGAUGAUAAUGUCAUAGUUAUAAUGAUAAUAACUUCUCUAUAAUAACAUUGGUACGUACCAUAAUGAUAACAAAUCAUAGUUAAAAUGAUAAACAUAAUAGAGAUGAGGUUGAGAUGCAGAUUUUUUUACUGUAAUGGUUUUACAUAUUACAGAUUUUUGGGUGCUAAUACUUAUAUUGUCACAUUAAAAUAUGUCUCAGUAAUGAUAAAAGUGUUGGAUGAUUGAGGUGAUUUAUAUUUAUGAUAAUAAUGAUGUUGAAACUAUGAUCAUGUUGUCAGUGAGAAUUGUCACAUUUCAGUGCCAAGAUUUUGUUGCAGUGCUGAUACUUUCACUGUGAUAAUGAUAAUUUUAUACUGAUAAUCAUGAUAAUGUCACGGUGAUGAUGGUGCCACAGCAAUGAUGAUGAUGACAUCACUGUCUCUCUGUGACAGUCUGGCUGUUUGUCCAAGCUGAGGUUGGCAGUCUCCCUUUUGUGACCUCACUUCCUGUUGGAGCCUCCCUGGUUUGUACAGACCUCUAUCAGGCCGUCCAAUCAGAACUCACCCUGAUGUGUCAUGAUUAAGUUGUAGAAAGCCAACCCAAUGAAACAUUACGAAAACGGCUUGCCAUGAAAGCCAAAACCAGGAAUUUAAUGUUAGUUAACAGGAAAUGAAUUCAAUCAACAUGUGUGGUGGAGAGCUGCAGUUCGUAGAGUUGAGUGAUUGUUAGUCCAUUAUUACUUGUCUAAAUUGGUCUUAGUUCUGAUGUAAUGUAAUACUGUGUCCUCUGAUAACACGGUCAUAGUAAGUGAAUCGUCACAGACUUACUUUACAUUAGGCAUCCUAACUCUCGUGUCUGUAUUGUUAACCUCCUUUGAUUAAAAACUGAGACCUGGCUCCUCAGACCUGAAGAGUUUCUGUAAGACGUCCAUCAGACUGUCUGUCAUCUGUUGGGAUAAUGUAGCUGAUUCUCCUCAGGCUGAGGUCAGAUUCAUGUUUGUCCAAGUCCUUCAUGUCUCAGACCCUGUUCAGACUCAGAGUCGUCGCAGACAUAGUUCACAGUCCUGUCUGACUGAGUUGAGACUUUUUGGUUUGGAGGUCCAGUUUUUUGUUCCAUUUACUCUUGACAUCUUAAGAAAAACUUUGGCAAACUGUUUCUGUGAUUCUGAGACCGCUGCUGCUGCCCUAACAUGUUAAUUAAACUGAGAGUGUUAAUUAAACUGAGAGUCCUGAGUAAUCCUCUUUGUUGUUACCCUUCUUCUUCCUCUGUGGUGUUCAGCGAGUCCGCGUGUCGGUUCUACAGCCAUCAGAUGAAGGGGAAGCACCUCGCCAUCAAGAAGAUGAAUGAGAUCCAGAAGAACAUUGACGGCUGGGAGGGAAAGGACAUCGGCCAGUGCUGCAAUGAGUUCAUCAUGGAGGGGACGCUGACCCGGGUCGGCGCUAAACACGAACGCCACAUUUUCCUGUUUGAUGGCUUAAUGAUCUGCUGCAAGUCCAACCAUGGCCCACCACGGCUGCCCGGAGCUGGCUCUACUGCAGAGUACCGGCUCAAAGAAAAGUUCUUCAUGCGCAAGAUGCAGAUCAACGACAAGGACGACAAAGAGGGCGAGUACCGCCAUGCUUUUGAGAUCAUCCUGAAGGACGGGAACAGCGUGGUGUUUGCCGCCAAGUCUGCUGAGGAGAAGAACGGUUGGAUGGCGGCGCUGAUUUCACUGCAGUACCGCAGCACGCUGGAGCGCAUGCUGGACUCAGCCAUGCUGCAGGAAGAGAAGGAGGAGCAGAUGAGGCUGCCUGGAGCAGAACUGUACCGGUUUGCUGAGCCGGACUCCGAGGAGAACAUUGUGUUUGAGGAGAACGUCCAGUCCAAGUCCGGGAUCCCCAUCAUCAAAGCAGGGACAGUCCUGAAACUGAUCGAGAGACUCACCUUCCACAUGUACGCAGGUGAGACACAGGGUCACAUGAAGAGCGUGAGGUAGCUGAGGUACGAUACAAGGUCAGUCAGGUGAGAAAUGGGGUCACCAAUGGCAGAAUAGAUCACACAGGGGAUGUAGGCCGAAAACUCUGAGACAGUCUCCUCAAUUAUAUGUGAGCGAGUUAAAGGGGAACUUGGUUGGCAUUAAAUCUUUCAAGAUACAGGUAUCAGUGUCCUUACCAACAAUCUAAUAUUUAUUUAAUUCCUGACUGUCCAACCACCUGUCUAGAUCUUUUUGACUCUUCUCCACCAUUAUACUCUGAUAAUCUGAGACCCACAGGCUUUUCUCACUGAUACUUGGUCUGCCAUCUUGUGGCCAGAAAAGCAAAUUACAAUGAUCAUUGUUCAUCCUCUGUCAGAAGGCUAAGCUGAAUAACAUCUUUUGAUAAUUUAACUUGAUCAGACUUGCUAAUUGAAAUCUAUAUUUUGAUAUGGAACAAACAUUUAACUAAAUAUAUCAAAGUAAACUGCAGCCCUACCUGAGGGUAAGGGUUUGACACCUUACCUGGCAAAAAAAAAAAACAUUCCUGACCCUAUGACUGACAACAUACCUAAAAUAUGUAUAAAAGAUGUUUAAAUGUCUGUACAAUCACUGACUGUGAUUUAUUAACCUGCCCACUGUUUAUGUUUCCUUCAGAUCCGAACUUUGUCCGAACAUUUCUGACCACCUAUAGGUCCUUCUGCAAACCUCAGGAGCUGCUGGACCUGCUCAUCGAAAGGUGAGCUCACCUAGACGUCACAGGGACCAAUCACAUUACAGCUCAGCUUAAGUGCAUAGGUGUCCUCUAAAGAGUUGAGUCUGUAUUUUUUUAGGCAGGAAGAGCUUCUGUGGGUUUGAUAGUUCAGUAAAUCAUCCCGCCACAGUCUUUGGAAAUAGGUGUGACCUCAGUUGUGCUCAUGGUGCUUUGCAGGUUUGAGAUCCCUGAGCCGAGGCCCAGUGAGGUGGACCAGAUGGAGGGGGCGGAGCAGACUCUCAGCGCUGAACUCAAACGGUUCCGUAAGGAAUUUGUUCAACCAGUCCAGCUCAGGUAAGACGCCAUCUGCUGGACACUCAUUUUCAGUGUAAUGUGUCCAGAAUUACAACACCAUUUAUUUUGUUGACCUGUUUAUUUUCUACUCCUGUUUUAUUUUAGUAAAUUAUUAUCGACAUUUAUCAUAUUUCAGGUUCUUUAAGGGGUUUCUGAAUACAAAAGAACUUCCAUACUGCAGUGAGACUGAGUGUGAUGUCACAAAAAUCUACUUCUGGAUGUGUCAUGUGACCUGUGAAACUCCUUCCACUUGCAGGGUGCUGAAUGUGUGUCGUCACUGGGUGGAGCAUCACUUCUACGACUUUGAGAGAGACACUCACCUGCUGAGACAGCUGGAGGACUUCAUCGCCUCUGUCAGAGGUACAUACCUGCUCAGCACCUGGAUAAACACACCUGUUCUUUUUUAAAUUAUUUGACCUCACCUUUCAAAACACCUGUACAACACUUGUCUACACUUCUUGUUCGAACACUGGUCUAAACACCUGAAGAGUACAUACGCAACACCUCUCUGCACCUGAAGAAACACCUGCACACCUGUACAUCACUUUCUGGUAUGCUUUGCUUUCUGUUGCCUUUAGGUAAUGUGUCAAAUUGUCGUGUUACCUGUUACAGGUAAAGCGAUGAGGAAGUGGGUGGAGUCUAUCACUAAGAUCAUCCAGAGGAAAAAGCAGGUACAGGUGAGCAUGCCCAGUCACAGCAUCACCUUCCAGAACUCUCCUCCUCCCAUCGAGUGGCACAUCUGUAAACCAGGUAACAUCGACCAGUUUGACCUGAUGACGCUGCACCCCAUUGAGAUCGCCCGCCAGCUCACCCUGCUCGAGUCUGACCUCUACAGGUAACAAUACCUGUAGAUCUGCACUACAGCUCUGAUAAAUACCUGUCUCACACCUAUGAGAUGUAAAACAUCUGAACAUCAACAAUAGAAGACACUCAUACUUAGAAUGAAGAUGAAAUACCUGUCCAUCCACUGUCCCCCAACUGUCUUUCACCUUCUUUUAAACCUGUGUUUCACAUAUCCUCACCUGUGUCUUACCUGUCUACUCCCAUCUGUAACCUGUCUGCAUUAGUCCUUACUUGCUCUCACCUUUUUUGUAUUUCCCUGUUUGAUCAUGGUUUUUCUGUCUCACCUGUUUUUUUUCUGUUAUUAACUGCAUGAUACCUGUGUUUCUUCUGUCUCUCACCUGUUUUACCUGUUAUCUUUGCUGUUACCUGUAUCCUGCCUGUCCCAUACCUGUGUUUUGCUUGUUUUUUUAUCUGUCUUAACCCUUUUUCUCACCUGUGUUUCACCUGCACUUUUUCUGUUGUAACCUGUGUAUUACCUAUGUUUUUUCAUGUCACUCAGCUGUCCCUCACCUAUGUCUUGCCUGUCAUAACCUAUCUUACCUGUGUUUCUCCUGUCCCACACUUAUGUCUUACCGAUAACUCACCUUUGUUUACCUGCAGGGCAGUGCAGCCCUCAGAGCUGGUCGGCAGUGUUUGGACCAAAGAGGACAAAGAGCUUCACUCUCCAAACCUGCUGAGGAUGAUCAGACACACCACCAACCUCACCCUGUGGUUUGAAAAGUAUGACAUCACUCCGAAAUCUCAGGAAAGAGCCAUGAUUUUUUUAUUCAGCAAUCAUAUUUCUUACUCGGUCUGUUUCUGUUACUGUGUGUGUGUGUGUCCAGGUGUAUCGUGGAGACAGAGAACCUGGAGGAGCGUGUGGCAGUGGUGUCUCGGAUCAUUGAGAUUCUUCAGGUGUUUCAGGAGUUGAAUAACUUUAAUGGUGUGCUGGAGGUGGUCAGCGCCAUGAACUCUUCUCCGGUCUACAGACUGGACCACACCUUUGAGGUAACACCAAUAUGGCAUUGUCAGGUUCUGAUGUGAGACACUAGGCAUGUGAUUGGUCAGGCUCUGCUGUCACCUCUUCAUCAUCAGAACUACAGUCAAAUCUGUUCAGAUAAAAAAAAAAACACUUUCAUCACUUCUGUGGAAAAAAAAUCAACAAUAUGAAUUUAAGAGCAAACAGAAACUGAAUGAAAAAAAUGAGACACACAUCAUCAGAAAUGUAUAAAACGUCAUCAAUAGGGCAUAAUUCAUCACCAGUAAGAUAUAAAACAUAAGUUGUUCAUGACACAUGAUCAGAAUUGAGAUGGAUGUCUCAUUAGUUUUGCGAAGUUCAUCAUCAGUGUAGCAAAAUAAACCCUAAUUAAUCCGAUUUUCUCUCCUUGGGUUUUUAUUUUAGCAAAUCCCGAGCCGUCAGAGGAAGAUCCUGGAGGAGGCCCAUGAGCUCAGCGAGGAUCACUACAAGAAAUAUUUGGCUAAACUCAGAUCCAUAAACCCACCAUGUGUGCCCUUCUUUGGUAUGCUCCUUCCCUGUGUGGUCAGACCGCUGUUAAGAUCCAGGGUCAAAGGUUAAACCUAAUUUGCCGUGUCCCUCAGGUAUCUAUCUGACCAACAUCCUGAAGACAGAGGAGGGAAACCCUGACUUCCUGCGGCGACACGGCAAAGACCUCAUCAACUUCAGCAAGAGGAGGAAGGUGGCUGAGAUCACCGGGGAGAUCCAACAGUACCAGAACCAGCCCUACUGUCUGCGGGGCGAGGCUGACAUCAGGGUGAGUCUGAUUGCGACAUCACUUCCUGUUUACUUUGCUGCAGGUGGUGUCGGGGGCUGACUCUAUUUGUGUUUGUGGAGCAGAAGUUCUUCGAGAACCUGAACCCAAUGGAGGACAUGUCUGAGAAGGACUUUGCUGAUCACCUGUUUAACAAAUCUCUGGAGAUCGAACCUCGAAACGCCCGCUCCUUACCUCGCUUUGUGAGUGUCACCAUGGUAACAAGGGGGCUGUUUGUCUAAACAUCCUGACUGAUGAUUGGUUAAUGAGUCCUAACCUGUCGACCUGUGUUUAGGUGAAGAAGUACACCUGUCCUCUCAAGUCUCCGGGGAUCCGACCCUCCUCAGCAAGGCCCGGCACCAUGCGGCAUCCAACACCUCUGCAGAAUGAGCCCAGGAAGAUCAGCUACAGUCGGAUCCCUGACAGUGAAGCAGAGGGCGGAGCCGCCUCUGCCCCCAACUCCCCCCGCACACCCCUGACUCCGCCCCCAGCAUCUGCCGCCUCCAGCUCCACUGAUGUAGGCAGCGUGUUCGACUCACCGCAAGGUCCCAGCAGCCCCUUCCACACCAGUAAGCCCCGCCCACUGACGUCAUAUCCAUCACAGAUGCAGACACACAGUCCAAUUACAUCAUCUUUACCAAUGACACACUAAUGAAUGUGUGUGAGUGAUUGUGUAUCAGUGUGUGUGUGUGUCUAACACACUAACAGCUGACUAACCCCCCCUCCCCCCCAGACUCACUAAUAAACUCCGACUCGAUCAUUAAUGUCUGAUCGCUGAUUGAUCUGUUUUUUAACAUCAAGAGGAAAAUGUUGAUGACAUUAUUUUCAUUGGAGCCUAGCUUAGCUAAGCCUAGCAUCUUUCCAUAUUGCCUUUCCUCCUCUCUUCUUUCCUGCCCUCUCUUUUGUCUUCUCAUUUCCUCCUUUUCAUUCCCUUUCUUCUUUUCCAUUCUUUACUCUCCCCUCUCCUCUCUUUCUCCUCUCCUCCUUCCCCUCUCACCGCUCCCACUUCUAUUCCUGUCCUUCCUCCUCUCCUUGAUCUCUCCUCUUCUCUUCACUUUUUUAUUUUCUCAUCUUCUCCUCUUUCCUUCUCCUCUCCCUCUUCUCUCCACCUUGUUUCCUCCUCUACUUCUUCUCUUUUCUUUUUAUCCUCUCUUUCUUCUCCCCCAUUUCCCUCUUCUCUCCUCGUCCUCCCUUUUUUCCUCUCUACUAUCCUCCUCACAGUGUGUUCUCCUCCUCUCUCUGCAGACUCUGACAGUAUCUUCUCUGUGGGUUUUCUCCCUCACGGCCCACGUUAGUAUGAUCCAAACACUUCCUGUCAUCUGACAUCACAUUCACCUGUCUGACAUCACACUCACCUGUCUGACAUCACACUCACCUGUCUGACUGGGUAUUGAGGUGCCACUCACCUGUGUGUCGUUUAUGACAUCAAAUUUACCUUUUUACUCGAAAACCAUCUCACCACUUGUUUCCGUCCCAGAGUCUGUUUCCAUGGUAACCAUCAGUAGAUGGUGAAUGUGUGUAAAGUGAUGAUGUAAAGAACCAAUCAGCCGCUGGUGUGGUGAACCUGCUCCAUCAUGUUCUGUGUGUGUCGAAUUUGUGUCUGUUAGUACUAACAGUUUUGGUUCUGUGUGAGCUGAUUCUGCAUGUGGAGGUAGUUGAUGAGUUUUGGUUCUUUGUAUGUGUUGGUUCUGUUGGUUCCUACGAUAUUUUAAUUGUUUUGGUUCAAACAGUGUUUGUUCUGCUUUUGUCACAUCCAUUUUUGUUGGUUCUGUGUUUUUGAAGUUCUAUAUGUGUUGGUUCUAACAGUGUUUUUUUGGUCUCAGGGUCCUCCUCGGUAUCGUCCAUGGUGAAUUUCAGUCGUAGUUCUGAGGAGGUUCCUGUUCCUCCUCCUGUUCCUCCUCGCAGACGUCCUGAAUCAGCUCCUGCUGAGUCCUCUCCAUCAAAGGUGAAAAUCUUUGUGAGACAGUUCAUGAGGUUAACUGUGAGAAUGUGUGAAUGACUGUGUGAGCAUAUUUUGUGAGAACGUAUGGGAAAGAGUAAAAAGGUGAACCGGAGUUGGAACACGUGGAAAUGUGUAAGAAGAUGUUAGAGAACUUGUGUGUCAGAGUGUGUGGUAGUGAGUUAAUGUAUAUAAAUGUGUAUAAAUGCUCAGAGAACCAGAUGAUCUGAUAUUCUCUCUCCCACACGCCCCUCUUUUUCCCCAACAGAUGAUGUCCAAGUUGGACAGCCCCCCUGCAGUUCCACCUCGUCAGCCCACCUGUAAGCUCCUCCCCCCUCGCUACUCAUCUUUGUCGUCUUCUCCCCCAGACAGUCCCCCUUCCCUUCCUCCUCGGGAGCCCCUGGCCUCCCCCCUGCACCUCCUUCCUCCUCCUCAAGGUCGCCCCCGCUGUGACCUGCUGCCUCAGGCCUUCUUCCCCUCCACCACCUGCUCCUCCCCCUGCAUAGGUUCUGCCUCCAUGGCCUCCUCAUCCCCUCUGCCUUCCACUGUCAAUCCUAGCCCAACCCCUACCUCCAAGAAGAUGCCCCUUCCUUCUCCUCCCCUCCCUCUCCUCCCCCUGGACGGCCCCCCUGUGCCCCCUCGACAUGGUGUCCCCAAACUCCCCCCUAAGACUUAUAAGAGAGAGUCCCUGAGCCACGCCCCCCUACUGGACACACCUCCUGCCUUGUGA